AUGGGCGGCUGCCAGUCGCCCCGCCGGGCUGCUGCUGCCACAGCUGCUACAGUCACCGGUGUGGCUGUAGCCACGCUGCUGCUCGCUAGCAGCUUGGCGACUGCGGCGACUUGGUCCAGUGACGCCGCCCCGCCUCGGGAUGAAUCCACAGGAGGCGGCGGCGACCCCGCCGCCGCCGUCGCCUCCGCCAUGGCGAUGGCUCGCGAUAUGGACCUACAGAUCCUUCAACUACGCAUCGCGCAGCUAGGGGCGCUCCGCGCGGGUGGUGCCAGCGCUGGCGCCGCCGCCAGCGCUGCGGAUGCUGGCGGCGACGGGGCCAAUGCUGAGGGCGGGGACGAUAUGUACGACACGUAUCUGGAUGAUCAGCUGCCAGAAGGCACUGACGCAAGCCAGAAUGAUAUUAUGAUCUUGGAGGACGUUGGCCAGGGAAAGCUGAUAAUUGCGCCGUACGACAUGGAUGGCUUGUACGACAUUGACGAUCAUUUGGAGGCGGAUGAGGAGGCGGGGCAGGUGGUGGACGGCGGCUGGGUUGACAAUGCUUUUGAAAUGCAGUUGACCGACGCGUAUGACGGUGAUCUGUAUGUUAUUGGCGACGAGGCUGCCUCCAGCGCCGACGACGCCGACGACGCUGACGCUGACGCUGAUGCCGAAGACGUCGGCGUGCCGGCUGCGGCAGCGGACACUGCAUCUGCUGCCGCUCAGUCGCAGGACUCCAUGUCCGCUAGUGACAGCAGCUCCGCCUCGAGGGGUUCCUCGUCGUGGUCGUCCCCCUCGGCUCCAGGCGCCGCCGCCGCCGCCGCCGCCGAAGUUGUUCGGAUCAGCCGCCGUCGCCGCCGCCUGCUUGCAUCAGGGCCCAGCUCUGUGGGCAGCGGCAGCGGUCCGGGGCCCGACGCCGACGCUGGCGACGUCGCCCCUAGCGCUAACGGCGAUGCCAUGCGGAGCGCCAGCGGCGACGCCCCCCCCCCGGGUGCCAACGGCAACGUCAGCCGAAGCGCCAGCGGCGACGCCACCGCCGUCCCUAGCGCCAACGGCGAUGCCAUGCGGAGCGCCAGCGGCGACGUCGGCCCAAUCGUCAGCGGCGGCGUCGGCCCAAUUGUCAGCGGCGGCGUCGGCCCAAUCGUCAGCGGGGACGCCGACACUCCCGACCAACGCCUCCGCCGCCAGGGUCCAGGCCCGGGCCUAGGCCCAGGUCCAGGCGAUGGACCAGUUCGCCGACUACCCCGCCGGGAUCCCCUGGACCAACCCCCAGCCAAUGUCUGGGUUCCCGGCAUCGUGCGUGUCAGUCGAGAGCCCGACGGCAAUGUACGGGUUCGCGUGGGGCCGCUGGGCGCCAUUACUUCCGUCACCGUCGCACCGCAGAACAAUGUCAGGGAGCAGCCACGCGCGGCAGCCGCAGCCGGCGGCGGCGGUAGCGUUCCUGUUCCCGACCUCGCAACCGCCGCCUCAGCCGUCUCCGCGGCCACUGCUGCUGCUGCGGCCGCUGCAGCGGCGGCGGCGGCGGCGCCGAUCCUCCGCGCCACCGAUAACAGUGCUACUACUCCCGCCGCCGCCGCUGCCUCAGCCGCCGUCGGGCCCCAGCCCGGGGUUGCAUCUGGAAGUGCCGAAGGGCUUCCGCAGCCGCCGGUGGUAAUGCCUGCCACCGCCGCGGGUGCCGUACUCGGCAGCGCCAUAGGGGACCGCGUCGGUGAUAGCAUCGGCCGCGCCGUCGUCAACGUCCGCGACUCGGUCUUUGGCAGUCGUAACGGCGGUCGUACCGGGGCGGACGCGACCGACGCCGCCGAGUCGCUCGAUGCUGCCGUAGCUUCCACCCGCAGCGGCCUGGUCAACGUAUUUGAACCCAACCCAAGCGAGGUUCUCAUGCAACAGUCCGCUAGCCGCGGAGACGACUCCACCGUGACCGCUGUCACCGCCACCCCCCUUGGCGCCGCCGCCAUCACCACCACCACCGCCAACAACAACAAUAACAACGGCGGCGGUGCCGGUUUCAACCAGCGACCUGGAACGUACCCCAUUUCUGAUCGGGAUCGGAUUCACAACGAGGUCCAAAAUCGGAUCCAGGAUCGCGAACGCGAACGUGAUCGGGAUCGGAAUCGGGACCGCCCCGUUGUGUCAGUUAGUGUGGGUCCAGGGGGCUCGCUCGUCCAGUCCUUCAGCGGCCCCCAGGGCCGUAUGACAAACGUGGGGCUCGGGGGCAGCAUCGCGCGAGUGGUGGCAUUGCAGCCCUGA